AUGCAGGCCUUCAGCUCUCAAUCUGUGCACCUGAGUGAGUGGCAGAAGAAUUACUUUGAAUUGACAUCUGGCACAUGCUCACCAGAACAGAAGGCAGAUGCAUACCGCGCACAGAUACUGCGCAUUCAGUAUGCACGGGCAAACUCGGAGAUCUCUCAGGUCUGUGCUGCCAAACUCUUCAAAAAAUAUGCAGAAAAAUACUCAACAAUUAUUGAUUCUGACAACGUUGAAACUGGAUUGAAUAACUAUGCGGAAAACAUUUUAACUUUGGCACCAGCUCAGCAAACUGACAGUGACAAGUGGCAGUCUGGGUUGACAAUAAGUAAUGUUUUCAAAAUGAGUAAUGUGCAGGAGAUGAUGCAAGCUGGCAGAAAAUUCAAAGACUCUCUGUUGGUACCUGCUGAGGCAUCAAUAGUUAUCCGUAAGGAGGCCAGUAUUUUAGAUUUUCCGAAACUUGACGUGUAUGGGUCUAGAGAAAAUAAGCUUUCAACUAAUUCAAGUCAUGGUACAGAUAAGACUCAAGACACCACAGAGACCAUACCUUCUUCAGAGUGUCCUCAGAAUGUCCUGGCACCUGUGGUGACUAACACUAAAACUUGCCCGACAUUCUCAGUGCCUUCAGUGCCUUCAGGUGAAUCAAACACUGCAAAAUUCCUUGCUACACCAUUAUUUGCACAUGUCAAAAAGGAGAAUCACAACUCUCCAAAUGCCAACGUAGGACUAAAUGUGUUCUCAUCUAAUCAGUCUUGUUUCUCUUCUGGCUGUGAAGAUCCAGGGGAAAGGAAAGUUUUGUGUGGUGUUAGUGCCAGUUACAUUGAUACACUUUCCAGUCCAGUACUGAGUAAGGCUUUUAGUAAAACGGAAGGUAAUUGCCAAAGGCAGGAGAGCAGCCUGCCUACCUUUAAGACUGCCAGAGAACAACUGUGGGUAGAUCAGCAAAAAAAGUACCACCAAUCCCAGCGGGCAACAGGGUCUUCAUAUGGAGGUGUGAAAAAGUCUCUGGGAGCUGGUAGAUCUCGAGGAAUAUUUGGAAAAUUUGUUCCUCCUGUACUGAAGCAAGAUGGGGGAGACCCGAGUGGGGGGAUGCAGUGUAAAGCUUACGGCCCAGGGCCUACAGAACCAUCACAUCCAGUUGAUGAGCGUUUGAAGAACCUUGAGCCAAAGAUGAUUGAACUUAUUAUGAAUGAGAUUAUGGAUCAUGGACCGCCAGUAAAUUGGGACGAUAUAGCAGGAGUAGAAUUUGCCAAAACCACAAUAAAGGAGAUAGUUGUGUGGCCCAUGCUGAGGCCAGAUAUCUUUACUGGCUUAAGGGGACCCCCUAAAGGAAUUCUGCUCUUUGGUCCUCCUGGGACUGGUAAAACUCUAAUUGGCAAGUGCAUUGCAAGUCAGUCUGGGGCAACAUUCUUUAGCAUUUCUGCUUCGUCCUUGACUUCUAAAUGGGUAGGUGAGGGGGAAAAAAUGGUCCGUGCAUUGUUUGCUGUUGCGAGGUGUCAACAACCAGCUGUGAUAUUUAUUGACGAAAUUGAUUCCUUAUUAUCCCAACGAGGAGAUAGUGAACAUGAAUCUUCCAGAAGAAUAAAAACUGAAUUUUUAGUUCAGUUGGAUGGAGCAACCACAUCCUCUGAAGAUCGAAUUCUAGUGGUAGGAGCAACCAAUCGGCCACAGGAAAUUGAUGAGGCUGCUCGGAGAAGACUGGUGAAGAGGCUUUAUAUCCCCCUCCCGGAGGCCCCCGCCCGAAGGCAGAUAGUGGUCCUUCUCAUGUCCAAGGAGCAGUGUUGCCUGAGGGAAGAAGAGAUUGACCUGGUUGUGCAGCGGUCUGAUGGCUUCUCUGGGGCGGACAUGACACAGCUGUGCAGAGAAGCUUCUCUGGGUCCAAUCCGCAGCCUACAAACUGCUGACAUUGCCACCAUAACUCCUGACCAGGUUCGACCAAUAGCUUACAUUGAUUUUGAAGACGCUUUCAGAACUGUGCGGCCCAGCGUGUCUCCAAAAGACUUAGAGCUUUAUGAAAAUUGGAAUAAAACUUUUGGUUGUGGCAAGUAA